CCACCUAAGAUCUCGUUAAGCACAUACUCUGGCUCACAGUACAAGCAUCUGACAAUUAAGAGUCUCACUGCUGCAACUGAACUGCCGCAACUGAACUGCCGCAAUCGAAAUGGCGCAACCAGCGUACCGCGACCCAACAACAGAUACCUGGCUAGCUGAGUAUAACCAGGCAGCUACAGAAGCAGAGACGUACAAAGUCGCCAAAUUAUCGCAAUUAAAUGUAAUAACAAAGGACUUCCUGACAGCUGUGAACAGGGUCGCGCCUAUGUGGGCUACAAGCUUUCAAGAUAGCAGACGCUUUAAAUCUAGUAUAAGUAGGAAAACUACCACGCUUAAGCGGCCUUUAGAUCAAGAGCCUGCUUCCACUAGGGGAGCAAAAUGCCCUGCAUGUGGACAACGCCACUCUAUACAGGAUUGCUACUAU